AUGACAUCUACCGUGAAGCUGAGUUCAGCUCAGGAAUUGGCAUCAAAAGCUCAAGUGGGAAUGAUGGACGGUCGCGGGGCUGGAGUUGUAGGCACCGCUUCCCCUGGAUCUCUCCUGCCUCCUUACGGUGCUGUAGUUGGCGUUGUGCUUCACCUCUUUGUGUAUUUUGUUGCUCUGCUUUAUAGCUAUGCUGAGCAACUGUUCACAAAAAGGGAUAACCGGAAAGUGAAAAAACAAGAUGCCCCAGCACGUUGUGAACUCCAUUGCUAUAAGGAGGGGCCGAUUAGAAAUGGCCAUGUUGGGCAGCGGCCACCGUCCAUCAACCCCGAGAGACUGAAAGACUUUGGGGAGGAGGAAUACCUGAAUGGGGACGUGAAGACCUGGGAAAUGAAGAUAGUGAGCCGUAAUGAGGAACUGCUCAGAGACGCCCUUGACCCAGUUGCUCAGCCGAACAGCAGACCUAGCCGGCCAACCUGUAAUAAGCUGAUUCGAUUUGAAGAUAUUAGUGCUGCAGCUUUCAAAAUCCAGAGUGGCGUCCAGAAAACCCCCUGCAUGUAUUCUAGACUCUCAAAGCAAUAUGGAAUGGAGAUCUAUCUAAAGAAAGAGUUCCUUCAAUACACAGGAUCUGUAAAGGAGCGAGGUGUACUUUACCUGCUAACAUCUCUACAGCAGGAGCAGCAGAGAAAGGGCGUGAUAGUGGCUUCUGACAGUAACUUUUCCAUGGCAGUCGCGUUCCAUGCCUCAGAACUCCGCAUUCCAGUAUUUGUCAUCAUGUCAACCAGCACUUCGCCAGUCAGAGUGAAAAUGUGCCGUGAGUAUGGUGCCCUGGUGAUCUCCUAUGGCACUACAGCCAAGGAUUCCCAGAUCCACGCAAAGCGGUUGGCCCAAGAGAAUGGCUAUCUAUACCUUGAAGAGGAGGACAGUGCUAUGUACCUGUCAGGGCUGGGUACCAUGGGAUUGGAGAUAUAUGAACAAGUGCCAAAGCUGAAUGCUGUGAUUUUCCCUGCAGGAGGGCACUGUGGAUUGCUGGCAGGUUCAGCUGCUGCCCUCAAACAUCUCAACCCACAUAUUGCUGUGAUUGGUGUUGAAUCGGAGAGUUUCCCUGUAUUACAACAAUCAUUAAAGACCGGCAAUCCUAUUGAAGAUCAGCCCUGUAGCAACCAUCAGUUUUAUGGAGAUAUGAAUGGCCCUUGUUUUGGUACCAAUUCUUUGCAAUUGACUGGGAAGCUUGUAGACAAAGUUGUUACUGUCAGGGAGGAGGACGUUCUCAUUUCCAUGCUGCGGUUGCUGGAGUAUGAGCGAGCCACGGUGGAUGCUGAAGGAGCUAUUGGACUCGCAGCCUUAGUUGCUGGGAAACUGCCAGAGUUAAAGAAUAAAAGAGUGGCAAUCACUGUAUGCAGUGGUAACUUGGAACUACCUUUGAUGAGACAAUGCAUAGAUCGUGCCCUGAUCCUUGACAACAGAGUGUGCAAAUUUUCUCUCCUCCUCUCUGAUUGUCCAGGAGAUAUUUCAAAGCUACUGGAGAUACUGACUCGGGAGGAAGUGAGGGUGUUGGACAUCAAACAAGAACACGCGUUUGUAACAUCUGACCUCUUCUCCAUUGAGGUCACCUGCAUUAUAGAGACUAGAGACAAAAUCCACACAGCUCAACUAAGAAAUGCCCUCCUCGAGCGCUACCCGACGAUGACGUGGACAGAACGGUGACGGGCGAGGCACAAUGGAAAGUGCUGAGGUUCUUUCACCAACACUUCAUGGAAAGCUAAGCUGGAGGCACUAAUAACACAAUAUACAUCAAUCUUUCCAAACUGAACAGUUAGCAAAUAGCUACAGGAUCAAUUUGAUUUCUUUUCUUGCUCAGAGUGAAGUGACUGUCCUAUGGAAUGAAGUAAAACUUGAGGCAUUAGAUUAGUUCAGGAAAGCUUUGUAGCCUCUGCUGGUGUAGGAAUUCAUUACUCGGGUAUCAAGUGGCCGUUUGGAUUUUGACUGGUGGAUAGAAUCCUGUGGGGUUCAAUAAAUAAAUAGUAAGAGGAUACUUUUCUUUAGUUCACAAUGCAGCUCGCUCCUCACUUGUCAGAUUUUGAGGCCUGCUACUUUAGCAAGCACUACCACCUCCUUCUGCUGGCUUUUUGUCUAUUACUACUGGGCUCAUGUUGUGUUUUCCAAGCUAGAGGUGGCACUUCAUCUUCUGACUCUUCCUUGGUCAUUGUAUAGGUGAAUUUGUGUGUGCAUAAACGACCUUUGUUUUCAUGUGUGGGAAGGGAGCUAAUGACACAUGUUAAAAACAUUUUGUUCAUUCAAGAGAUGCUGUUGAGAGGGAAAACCCCAGCUUGGAUAUUUCCCGUGAGAAGAUGAUGAUGUUUAUGUGGAUGUGGCUCCCAAAAAUGUUGCAGUUGUAGAAGGCUGUUUUAAUGAGAUUAGAGCGUGUGUGUAUCUAACAAGAACAUGGGGUUUCUUUUAUCCUGUGGAAACUUACCACAACAAACAGCACAGAAAAUGUUUAUUUCACCUUACUAAGGAGAGUAUAUUCCCCCUUUACCACCUCUGCACUUGAAUUUUGGGAUUAGAAGUCAAAUGAUGAUCUGUGUCUGCUCAAAACAGAGCCUAUCAAUCUCAUGUGACAGAUUAAGUAUAACAUUGAGAAUGCUUAACUAACCAUCUUAUAUCUAAGCAAAGGCAACUCCAGGAGAAGAGGAAGCAUAAGUCUUAAGCAAAUCACUAAUGCAAUUAAGAAAGAACACAUUGAACUGCAUGUCCCUGAUUACCAGUUGUUUCAUAACCAUCCCGAGAGCUAUUAAUAAAUUAGCACCAUGACGGGAGGAGUGACUUGAGUUAGAGAAAGCUGGAGUCUGUUACUGAGCCUAAGUAUUCCAGUUGCCUCUGUAACUGGAUGGCUGUGUCUAGACUGGCAAGUUUUUCCGGAAAAUUGACAGCUUUUCCGGAAAA